UUCGGAUUCAGCCUGACUCCACCCUCCCGUUCUUUGAAAAAACUUUAUUCACAAGCAACGUCAAGAACAACCCGUCCUUUCAAAACACACGAUAUUAAUAACUCGGUACAAAAGCUUUAUUCUGUAUGGGAGGCAGACGUUAUCCGCCAACCACAAAGGUUUGAUUCUAUUUAUGGAACAAGCUCAAGAUCACUUGUAGCUUCUGUGGAAUAUAACAGGUCCUGUGUGGACAAUGGCAUCGGAGGAGAUGGAAGGUUUGUGCCCAUUACCAGAGGUGACUGGCAUAAAGGUCGAGCCAUCAGUCAGCAUUGGCUCAGUGGAGGAUGCCAACUCACAGAACUCCAUGGGGAUAAAAUUUAUAUUACCUAAUCGCUUUGACAUGAACGUAUGCUCACGCUUCGUAAAGUCGCUGAAUGAGGAAGACAGUAAAAACAUCCAGGACCAGGUGAACUCUGAUCUGGAGGUGGCCUCUGUGUUAUUUAAAGCGGAGUGUAAUAUCCAAACAUCUCCCUCACCUGGUAUUCAGGUUAGGCAUGUGUACACGCCAUCAACCACCAAACACUUCUCUCCCAUUAAACAGUCCACCACACUCACCAACAAACACCGUGGAAACGAGGUCUCAUCCACACCGUUGCUUGUUCACUCACUGUCUAUACAUCAAUUGGCGGCUCAAGGAGAGAUGGUGUUCCUUGCAAGUCGAAUAGAACAAGAGUCUGUGAUAAACCUGCAGGAUGAGGAAGGAUUCACCCCACUGAUGUGGGCUGCAGCUCAUGGACAGAUUGCUGUGGUGGAGUUCCUGUUACAGAGUGGUGCAGAUCCUCAUCUUUUGGCCAAAGGGAGAGAGAGUGCACUGUCAUUGGCCUGCAGUAAAGGGUACACAGAUAUUGUCAGAAUGCUUAUCGACUGUGGAGUUGACGUCAACGAGUAUGAUUGGAAUGGUGGUGCUCCGUUACUCUACGCAGUGCAUGGUAAUCAUGUUCGCUGUGUGGAAAUCCUCUUAGAGAGUGGAGCUGACCCAACCAUGGAGUCGGACUCUGGGUUCAACGCUAUGGACAUGGCUGUGGCGAUGGGCCAUAGAAAUGUCCAACAGGUCUUGGAGGCUCAUCUUCUGAAGCUUCUGCAAGGUAUCAAAGAAUAACCAUGGCAUGUACAUGACAAAUUGGAGUGAAUAUUUGAGUGUGCCAACUGAUGAAGUGAAUUGUCAUUUUUGAAUCCACCAUUGAGUGAACAAACAAAUGUACUGACCCAUAGACACAUGAUUGCUGACAACAGAAUUUGAGUUUUGAAUUUAAUAUAUUAUACAGUGUAUAUAUGUGUAUGUGUGUUGUUAGUCAAUGUGAUGUGGUUUAGGUCAAUAAUAUUUGCCAAUUUGCAAUGUGUACUUGAAAAGCCAUUUAAAUUUUGCAUUUAAUGCAAAACAAAGCAGUUUCACAUUAAACUUGACUGGUAUUAAGAAUGGUUCAUAAAAUAAAGAGUCUAAAUCAGUACUUUAGAAUCAAUGGAGUGCAAAGGAACAUGGUGCAAAACAGAUUUACAGCAACAGUUUUCAGUGAUGUUUGUCCUAGUACUAAUUCAACUCAUUUUUUUGCUGUUGCACCCAGAAAGAUUGUGUUCAGGUUUACUCUUUGGAUUACCCUCUUUUUAUGACAAAUUGUGUUCUACAACUGUAAAUAAACGUUUACUUGUACUAAA